AUGGUCAAACCUGGAUCUGCAGUGCCAGAAAAAAUAAGAGAGAGUACAAGAUUUUACCCUUACUUUAAAGAUUGUAUUGGAGCUAUUGAUGGCACUCACAUUCCAGCUAUGGUGUCUGGGCAAGAUAUUAACAGUUGUCAUAAUCGUCAUGGAGAAAUUUCUCAAAAUAUUUUAGCAGCUUGUAACUUUGAUUUAGAAUUUAUAUAUGUACUCAGUGGGUGGGAGGGGUCUGCCCAUGAUUCACUUGUGUUGACAGAUGCUUUAUCAAGAAAUAAUGGGCUUAAAGUGCCUGGAGAUAAUGAAGUCCCAUCAUCUUCAUCAGAACAAGUUUAUGAAGAUAACAACUUUGAUCAAUUAUUUUCUCAAGAACAACAACGAGCGAAUGCUAACUCAUGGAGAGAGAGUAUAGCCAAUCAAAUGUGGAGUGAUAUUGAUCAUGUUGUCAAUAACAAUUAG